GUUAGCUAGCUGUCCACUGGUCGUACACUGAGUACCCGCCGUACCCGCAUAGCCUCCUUGCCAUGUUGAUACUUUUGCCAGUCAGCUUGUAUCAAUUAAAGUAAAUGGCGAUUUAGAAAUAUUGUAGCGGGGACUAUGGAUGCUGACAUUUCACUAAAUAAUUCAACAAGAGGACGUUAAUUUCACCAGUGUGUCUGCGGGCUACUGAAGUUAGCUUGGAAGCUAAUGUCAACAUAGAUUAGCUAAGGAUAAUAACUUACUGCGUGCCACAAUGAGGAUUUUAAGGGUUCUGAGGAGCAGCGUGUCCAUAACAAAGGACAUCGACUACUACUCCAAGUUUUCUCCCUCUCCUCUGUCAAUGAAACAGUUUCUGGAUUUUGGCUCAGAAAAUGCAUGUGAGAAAACAUCCUUCGCCUUCCUCAGACAGGAGUUACCUGUACGGUUGGCGAACAUCAUGAAGGAGAUCAACUUGUUGCCAGACAACUUACUGAGGACUCCAUCAGUGCGGCUGGUCCAGAGCUGGUACAUGCAGAGUUUUCAGGACAUUCUCGAAUUCAGAGACAAAAAUGCAGAUGAUGAGAAAGUCACAUAUGAUUUCACAGAUGCGGUAAUAAAGAUCAGAAAUCGGCACAAUGAUGUCAUCCCCACCAUGGCUCAGGGAGUUGUGGAGUACAAGGAGGCGUACGGCACCGACCCAGUCGUCAGCCAAAAUGUUCAGUAUUUCCUCGAUCGUUUCUACAUGAGCAGGAUAUCCAUCAGGAUGUUGCUCAACCAGCACACUCUUCUCUUUGGUGGGAAGGUGAAGGUGAACCCAGCUCAUCCCAAACAGAUCGGCAGUAUUGAUCCCAACUGUCGUGUCAGUGACGUUAUCAGAGACGCCUACGAAAAUGCACGAAACCUUUGUGACCGGUACUACAUGAAUUCUCCUGAGCUGGUGCUGGAGGAGUUCUGCGUCAAACCCAUCACUGUGGUCUAUGUCCCGUCUCAUCUGUAUCACAUGGUGUUUGAACUUUUUAAGAACGCCAUGCGGGCCACCAUGGAGUUAUAUGGCGAUGCAAUGGAUUAUCCUCCUAUCCACGCACAGAUCGCUCUGGGAACUGAAGAUCUGACAGUUAAGGUCUGCGAUCGUGGAGGAGGCGUGCCGCUGCGCAAGAUCGAAAGGUUGUUCACCUACACGUACUCCACAGCUCCUCGACCCAGCCUCGACGGGGCCCGCGCUGCUCCUCUGGCUGGUUACGGGUACGGCCUGCCCAUCUCGCGACUGUACGCCCGCUACUUUCAAGGGGACCUGAAGCUGUACUCGCUGGAGGGUUAUGGAACUGAUGCUGUCAUCUACAUCCGGGUGACUGAGUUUAACAUUAACAUUAUGCGUGUGUGUGCUUGCUUUUUCUACACUGUGUUUAAACUUGAUUCUCUCAAUCUUCCUGUCAGGCUCUCUCCACUGAGUCCAUUGAGAGGCUUCCUGUGUACAACAAGUCCGCCUGGAAACACUACAAGACAAUCCACGAGGCCGACGACUGGUGCGUCCCCAGCAAAGAGCCAAAGGACAUGACGACAUUUCGCAGUUUCUAGGUCCAAAUGGAUGCCGUCCUGUAGCAACGUGUGCAAGAGAGGUGGUUGUGAAAGAGUGUGUGUGUGUGUGUGUGUGUGUGAUGGCAGUUAAACAGUCCAGGUGUCUUUGUACAGAAAGUUAAAAUAAUAACAGAACAAAGAUUUAGUGCCAUAUGCUUCAUAUAGGUCAGUAGCUUGUUAAGAUUUUGGAGUGCAGCGGCCCUCAGUUAAAGCAGCUACAAGGAGUUUGGCACCCCCUGUGGGCAAAAGCAGUAGAGCUUCAAUGUUUGGAAAGAUCUAGAUUGGGCUAACGCGUGCAUUUGUUUAGGAAGCAAAUGAAAGAAAGACGCAACUUACUUGAAUACUGUUUUUCUUUUUUAAACACAGCUGUUUGCAGUAUGCAUUGCAAUGAGGUGUGUGUGACUAUUUAAGAUGAAUGGCUGCUGCAGUAUCAGCCACAAGCACAAAAUUUAACAUCAAAACUAAAAUUCUGUAAAGAAAAGUCUCCUCUAGCUUACUUUUAACUGGCUAACAAACUGCUCACUAUGAAACUUUCCCGUAAAAAUGUAAACCAGGCAUCCAGGAAUGCAACUCAGCCUUGCGUCCAGUUUUCCGAGUGGCCACUCUCGGUAUUGCAGCAAAACAAUCCCCUGCAGUCUGAAACGCAUAUUCUCCAUGGACCACCAUUAUAAAACUGUUGACAGGACGCCUCCAGUGGCAAACAAGGUCACUUAUGAAUCUCUCUGUUACGAGUUUUGGAUCCAUGGAGGUUUCAUAUUUGUAAAACUUUCUAUUUAUUUUUUUACUCCUCCUUUAACCUUAUCCCCACCACUCGCAGUCACCGUCUUUCUCAGCUCAGCUGUCUGUUCCACCAGUAGACACUGACCUCUGGUGGUGUGUACUUUGCACUACAUUGUCUCAAUACAGCAUCUCCGUAUCAAUUUAAUAAAAAGAGGAGCAACUGUGUUUUUGACUUUAUUAAAACAUACUUUCUGUAAUGUAACACAUUGAUACCACCCAAGCAUAUUAGAGACUGUUUCAUGUACAGGAUAAUGUACAGUGAGCAGGUCAUUUUUGGGAAAAGGACCCAGACGAGCCCACAAAUUAUGCUGCUUACACAGCAAAAAAAUCAAUAAUGUUCAAAAAUAUUCAUUUUAAACAUUUUUUUAAACGCAUUUUUAUUUAUAUUGUUGUUAUUAUUAUUAUUAUUAUUAUUAUUAUUUACAUGCUUCCAAAAGGACGGUCUGUUAUCUAUAGCCGUGCUCUGCUCUUCAGAAAUAAGUCCGUGAAAUACUGUAAUCAAUCAGAGUUGAGUAUUCAACAAAGCUGUGUAAUAAAACCAGUUAAAAACUCCUUGUAGCUGCUUUAAAAAGACAUUUUCUUCUUACUCCUACUGGUACGAUUAAUGGAAGUGGCUGGGAGUAACCAGGACCAGUUCUCUGGAAAGCCACAUUGCUCUUGAAAGUAAUGCACAACCUAUGUCGCACUUUUGAAGCUGAUACUACUAUUGAUGUUAGGUCAUAUAACAAAACCUAAAUCAUGUCAUUAAGGAUGGUUAUCAAAGAACUGUGACAACGUCCUGAGCGUCUGAUGGACAAACUACAGUAUGUAAUCACUUCCUAAAUGGCCUCAAAUAUAUUUUGGCAUUUCUGUUGUGCAGUUUAUUAUAAUCAACCAACAUAUAAAAAACAAUAACAAUAUAUCCGAAACUGAAACCAGCUGAUGAAAUCAGGUGUAAUGUCAUGUCUUCUGUUGUUGAGUAUUCCAUGUAACGUCUUAGCAUCUCAAAACCUGAGACACUUUAUGGUUAGAGUAUGAACUGUGUUUGUAUUGUUAGCGUUGAUGGUUUGCUUUACGGGUUUACAGCUUUUCCUUAAACGCCUUGCUGCUUUUAUUUUGCUGAAAGUUUAAGUGUUACAGUCCGUCAGUGUGCAGAGUUUCCUCCACUCCGUGUGAAGUUGGAUACUUUGCUUGAAAAGGAAAACUUGUUACACAGUCAUUAGUCGCUGCUUGUUUUUGCUGUUGGGAGUUUCUGCUGGUGAGUCUUACUGGUUAAAAUGUUUUCAUUGAGGGCAUUUCUUUUUCAGUUUGACACAUACAAGCAUACAGUGUGAUCAAAAACGUGUUGUUUUGCCAUCUGUAAAGGGACAUUUUGCACCUUUUUUUACUUUAUGUAACAUGAGGAAACUGAAUAAUUGAAACACAACAUUGCUAAAGGAAAAAUAUGUAAGCCACUUUGUUUUAUUAGGUUGGCAACAUAUUAAGUUUCUUCUUAAAUUCUCACUUAAUCUGCAAACAAGGUGCAUUCUCACGGGUUGCACCACCUUCAGUAUAAGAGAGUAAAAUACAUUUGGGUUGCUGUGGUUGUAUUAUCGAGACUCACCCCAUUAAAUAAGCUAUGUACAAUAUUUUCCAUGUUACACUCAAGCAGUUACACUGUAUGGAUCAUGCUCAGUGUAAAAUAAAUAUUUCAAACAGA